AUGCAAGAAGAGAUCAGACAGCUAACUGAGAUGGGCGCAACCAUUGCGCAGGCCAAGGCAGCCUUGGCCAAGUACAAGGAUGUCAUGCAGGCCGCUGAGCGCAUAUUCGAUGGACAAUUCGACGACGUUGUUGAGGACGAUGACGGAGAUGUGCCUAUGCCAUCUGUGUCCAGGAAUUCAAUGACCUCCGAUGAAGACGACCGACCCGCUGACAAUGGUUCAGACUCUGAGCCGGAAGAAGAUGGGGAUGACGACUUUAUCGACUAUGACUCUGACGACGGUGCUCCUGCAAUCGAGGCUCGCACCAAGACAGAUGCCGAUCCCUAUGCCCGUAUUUUCUUUUCGAAAGACCACCGAGAAGAAAUCAUCGAGAUCGAAGAGGAACCUGAAACAGCAACUGUGUCCAUACCUGGCGGCGAAACCGAGCUACUCAAAAUCCUCCCACAGGGAGAAUGGAUGAAAGGCUGCCCACCACCGGCUGGAGGAGAGCAAAGCUUUCUGUUUGCUCAGUAUUCCCAGUUGAGCGAGGGGAACUGUGCUUGCCCUCAUGGGUGCGGUGCUGCCAUCCCGCGUCAAAAGAGUGACUUCUUUUCUAUCUUUGCUGAAUUUGCGUCGUAUAUCAAACACCUACGAAGUAUUAUCCAAAAAACAUGUUCCCGAUGCCAGUCCGAAUUUUGUUUUGCCUGUGGAGAGCCUAUCACAGACAAGGUCCAAAGACCUGGCGAGGCCGCUCCGGGCGAUCCGUUAUUCCAUUGUGCGGAUGUGCAAGGCGUGAUCUUAGGAAUGGGGCUAUAUAUGUUGCUUGAUCAGAUGGUCCAGUCGCAAAGCGCUUCCUCUCCCGACUCCAAAAGUCGUAACAAUAAACGAAGGAAGACGGGAAAGGUUUUGCCAAAAGACGCUGACGACGACGACGACGAGGUCUAUCAUAAUGUUCACGGUACCGGAAAGCGAGCAAAGGGAGGAACAGGUUAUGCUGGAGACCAGAAAGAGGAUCACACAGGACAGCUUGAAGCAGAGGCAGCGCAAACGGCAAAUGACCAGGCUCUCGGAAAUCUUUUGACAGAACUCGGGGUUUAUCUACCAUCACUUCAUCGUAAGGGCACACAUCCUAGUGAUUUCUUACCCCACCCGACAACCCUGGCCCAUCUUCGCCGUCGAUUUAACUAUCUCUGCUCCACUCUACUUAGGAACGACUCGCUGGCGGAUAUAUCGGACCGCUCUGUACUUUACUUCAAGCUGCUCGACUGGUUAGAGACCAUUUCCUCCCAUGAAACACUAGCAUCCCUAAUGGGACAGCCAAUCAUGACCGUUUCUUCGGUCAAGUCGACUAUCACACGAAAGUCGCCUAAUAACAAGCCCAUUCGUGAGCGAACAGUCAUAUAUGAAGGCAGUGCCGGACCCCGAGAGUUACUCGAGGCAAUAUGCAUACAAGCACAGGCCGCUCUCAAAGCUUUGGAGGGCAACAAGACUCAGGAAUUACCACCUGAAGAACUUACCGAAGAGCAGAAACGAAUGACUGUUGACACCAAGGGCAAGUCGAAGGAGGGCUCAAUGCCUUCUCCCGCCGACGAAACUCAGAAACUUUUAAAUUUCUGUCAGCGGAUCCUCAACACCGCCAAAGCCAUUGACCGCUCUCUUCGUGACACAAAAGGGGAUGCUUUCGUGGAACGCUUGCAUGCGUCGCUACCCAAGAUUAGCACAACUUCGUCCACAAACGAAGGCGCCCGAGUUGAUCCGGGAACCUCAGAGGAGAGCACAAUCAAAGCCUAUAUCGACUGGGCCACACGAGUUAGAUUUGAAUACUGUGAUCUCACAGUACCGAAUCCAACACCUGAUAAUAAUGACGACGCCCAAAAUCAAGUACCGCACUACAAGUCCUACUUCAACCAUGAAAUCAGGAUGUUGGCCGCGUCAGAUUUGCCGAAACGCUCUUUAGCGAUCGCAAAAGAGCUGUCAAUAUUAACCUCCAAUCUUCCCAUCGCCUGGGACUCCUCCAUUUUCUUACGUAUCGACGAGACGCGGGUGGACGUCUUGAAAGCCUUGAUCACUGGCCCAGAGUCAACACCCUAUUACAACGGAUGUUAUCUGUUCGACAUAUUCCUGGGACCUAGCUACAACCAAAUGCCUCCAAAUGUCAAAUAUAUGACAACAAACGGAGGCAAGUCCCGAUUCAAUCCUAAUCUAUACGCGGAUGGGAAAGUUUGUUUGUCACUUCUGGGAACGUGGAGUGGGCCUGGUUGGGUAGCGGGAAAAUCGACGCUGCUACAGGUUCUCGUUUCUAUCCAAUCGAUGAUUCUGUGCGAAGAGCCUUACCUCAAUGAACCUGGGUGGGCAACUAGCGGCGGAACCCCGCAAUCACAGUCCUACUCGGCCAACGUGAGGCGGAUGGUUGUUAAGACAGCCAUGUUAGGAAAUCUCCAAAAUCCCCCAGAGCCAUGGGCAGAUAUCAUCAGGACGCAUUUCCGGCUCAAAGCACAGUCGAUAACUGAGCAACUUGAUCAGUGGCUCAAACUCGACGAUGGGAAAGCGACCCUGGGUGACGGGGCGGAGAUGGGACACAAUCCCAGAACUGGCGCAGGAGCAAGCACGAAUGGCUUUGCGGCAGAUGUAGCUGAAUUGAAGAAGGCUCUGAAGGAGCUUCAAACUAAAUAA